CAGCAACACCAGCAACAGCAACAAAGAGCAGCAGCUACUUGUAACUAAAGUGACAUGAGGCCUUAACAAGAACAACAACAACAACAGCAGCAGCAGGAGCAGCAGCAUCAGCAGGAGCAGCAACCGCAACAACAACAACAACAGCAACAACCAGACGCAACUGUAGAGCACUAAAAAACCCAAAUUGCAAACAAUUAAAAAAAAAUAAAUAAAACAAAAACAAAACAAGCACAACGAAGGAUAGAUAGCCAGCAGCACCGGCCCGGCUCGAAACCAAAAAAGGCAGCAUACGUACGAGACACGCCCAUGCCACACAGUCAACGGUAAUAGCCAAACAACAACAACAGCAACAACAAUGCCAGCAACUUUUAUAGUCAACUAAAAACUGAACAGCAGCUGAACAGAGCAAACAACACACAAGCAAACAUAGCAUACACGUUGCGUUGCCACGCCCCCUGCCCUAAACACACCAAGCGCGUGGCUGCGUCUCCAUCUUCAGAAGCGACAAACGGAACACAAAGCGGCGAUAACAACAAAAAAUAUAUAUAUAAAUAAUAAAAACAAAACAAAAAGCAAAAGSAAAAGCAACAAAAAAGUGCGCAUUGUUUUUCUUAUUGUCAUUCAACGGCCGCAACACCCAACUGUCUCGCUCUCCCUCUAUCUCUCUCUCUUUCUCUGUGUGUGUGUGUGUGGCAGUGGUGUCAACCGUGUUGUUGUUGUUGUUGUCAGCCAUCCAACGCCUUUGGGCACUCAAUUAAGCCCAAUUCAAGGCAGACGCCACAAAACACACGCAAGUUGAAAGCGACAGCUUCCCACGCCCACGUCCACGUCCACGCCCACGCCGGAGUCCACGCUAACGCCUAAGCCCACCAACACGCCCACACCCACAUUGACGCCCAGCAACAGCAGCAGCAGCUAAGCAGCCUAACUUUGUGUCAGAAGGUGGUGCAGGUGGACGACGCCCGUUGGUGCACAGUGGUGCAAGGUGGUGCACGGUGGUGCUUACGGCCGUUGCCAAUUGAGUUAAUGUGACAAUGAAACUGAGCGUCAGCGCGUAUCGGGCGCAUGCAUCCGCACACAAGAAGAUCCUCUCCAGCGGCUAUCACUCGCAGCUCAAUUACGGCAGCACUGGAGCCGCCGCAGCAUCCUCCUCCUCAUCGUCGGCAGCAGCGGCGGCCACUGCAACGGGCCUCUAUACGAUGGAGACGCACGAGCAUGGCGGCAAGUUUGCAAAGGAUAUGGCCAGAUUCGAUUGCAAUAGCGACACGGACGUCAUCAGUCCCACGGGCACGAGCAGCUCCGGCGGAGGAGGCGGCGGAGGCGGAGGCGGUGGCGGUGGCGGUAGCAGCAAUGCCCCAGCGGAUGGCACCCAUCACAAGCGCCAUCACAAGAGCAGCGGCAGCGCAGCAGCAGCGGCAGCAGCUGCUGCUGCCAAAUUGGCCAACGAUGAUGACAAUAACAGUGCGGCGCACUCAUCGGAUAGCAAGAGUCCCAGUCAGCGGAAAUCGCGUAUCGGAGAUGGAGCUUCAGAUCCAGAUUCCGAUUGGACACGCUCAAAUCAGCGCUGGAUGAAACUCCGCACCACCGUACAAAUCUCAUCGGCCAUACAGAAGAAACCACCGCUCAAGCGCGAAGACUCAUUCCUGAAGCGUUUCUCAACUAGACAGAUACCCGAAACACAGGAAACUGUUGAAGACACGGGUUCAGAAAGUGCCUCUGGUGACGUCGACAAAACGGUGAAGCGUCGACGACGUUAUCUGCAGAAACGACGCUCCGUUGUUAAUCCAGAUGAAAAUUUUUACUUCUAUUGGUUAAUGAUGUUAACUAUAUGUGUUCUCUAUAAUCUAUGGACCCUAAUUGUGAGGCAGAGCUUUCCUGAACUGCAGCAAUCUGUGCCUACCUUCUGGCUCAUCUGCGAUUCACUGACAGAUGUUGUAUUUAUCUUAGAUAUAAUAGUUCAAUUACGUACUGGCUAUCUGGAGCAGGGCCUAAUGGUAUAUGAUGACAGGAAACUGGCCUGCCACUAUGUGCACUCGCGUGAGUUCAUCUUCGAUAUGAUUGCGCUGAUACCCUUGGAUCUGCUACAGUUGAAGAUGGGCACGCAUCCGCUUUUGCGUUUUACGCGCUUUUUUAAAGUAUAUCGAUCUGUGAGAUUUUAUUACAUCGUAGAGAGUAGAACAGUUUGGCCAAAUUUAUGGCGCGUUGUUAAUCUAAUUCAUAUCCUAUUAAUAUUGGCCCAUUGGUUCGGUUGUUUCUAUUUUUUGCUCUCCGAAGCGGAAGGCUUUCAGGGCGAUUGGGUCUAUCCGUAUAGGCCAGGUGACUAUGCGACGCUGACCCGCAAGUAUUUGGGCAGCCUGUAUUGGUCCACCCUAACGCUAACUACCAUCGGCGAUUUGCCCACCCCUGAGACGAAUGCAGAACCGAACUUUUCGGUGGACGGCCCUCGAUCAAUACCAAGGCGUGGCAUCAAAUCACGACUGCUACAGUUUGGCUCUAGCUAUGGGUAUAUUUUUACGAUCGUUAGUUACCUGAUUGGCGUUUUUAUCUUUGCAACUAUUGUGGGCCAAGUGGGUAAUGUGAUAACGAAUCGUAAUGCCAAUCGGCUAGAGUUCGAGCGUUUACUUGAUGGGGCCAAGACCUAUAUGAGGCAUCACAAGGUGCCGGGCGGGAUGAAGCGGAGAGUGCUGCGGUGGUAUGACUAUAGCUGGUCGCGGGGUCGCAUACAGGGUGGGGGUGAUAUAAAUACGGCGUUGGGCCUGCUGCCCGAUAAGCUGAAAACCGAAUUGGCCUUACACGUCAACCUGAGCGUACUGAAGAAGGUGACCAUAUUCCAAGAGUGCCAGCCGGAGUUUCUGCACGAUCUGGUGCUGAAAAUGAAGGCGUACAUCUUUACGCCGGGUGAUUCGAUCUGUCGCAAGGGCGAAGUGGCUCGCGAGAUGUUCAUCAUAGCCGAUGGCAUCUUGGAGGUGCUCAGUGAAACGGGCAAGGUGCUGACCACCAUGAAGGCGGGCGAUUUCUUCGGUGAGAUCGGCAUACUGAAUCUGGAUGGGCUGAACAAGCGCACAGCGGAUGUCCGCUCAGUGGGCUACUCGGAGCUGUUCUCGCUGUCGCGCGAGGACGUGCUCGCCGCCAUGAAGGACUAUCCGGAUGCACAGGAGAUCCUGCAGACGCUCGGACGCAAACGCCUCAUGGAGGUGCGCUGCGUGAACAAGAAAUACGCCAAGGCACAAAGCGACAAGGAAGCCGCCGCCUAUGCCGCGGCCCAUCCGCAUCACCCGCAUCCGCACGCGCAUCACCAUCAGGUGCAUCAGAGCGACAGCAGCGAGAACAGUGCCUCGAAGAAGAUCGUGGACAAGCUGAAGCACGAUGUCAAAGGCUUUCGCAAUGUGCUGAAAAAGUCUAGAACGUCCCGUAAGAGCGACGAGUCGCUGGAAAUGCAACCGCUGCACAAUACCUCACCACGCGGCAGUAAGAUCAUGCUGAAGCGCAUGUCGCGCGUUCGCUCCGACGAUAAGGACGCGGACAGCGCCGAGGCCAAGGACGAGCUGCACGACAAGACGCCCAGUCCCAUUGGGGCGGGGCUGCCGCUGCUGCAGCGGCUGCGCCUGCUCAAAGAGAAGCAGGAUCGCGAAGAGCGAGCUGUUAAGUCCACACCACCACAGAAAUCUCCACCUCACUCACAUGUAACGUGUACGUUAUCGCCGCAGGAAUCGAUACAGGAAGAGCCCGAACGCGAGUUCAACGAAGGCUUUCCGCUGAUCCAGCGAUUGCAGCAGUUGAAAAUUAAAAAUGAGCCACAAUCGGGUGCUGGCAGCGAGACCCAACUCGUCAUGGUCAACACGCCGCCCAACAUCAGCAGCAAGGUGGACUUUGCGACGGCAACGGGUGUGGGCGGUGUUGGUGGGGCAGCGAGUGGUGCUGCGGGUGCUAGCCAAAGUCUGACCGUUGCCCAAAUCAAGCCCAUCAUGAAAGUCUCCUUCAAGCAGAAGAUACAACAGUUGCAGGGCGUGGUGCCGGCCAUACCAAGUGGUGCCGGCCAUAGCAGCACCACAAGCGCGUCCGGGACCACCAGCACCACCGGUGCCAUAGCCAAAAAGGAGCCACCCAAAUCGCUGGCCGUGGUGGCCAAGCAUAGCGGCCCAGCGCUGCCAACGUUGCCAGCGAUGCCCACGUUGCCAGCGCUGCCAAUGGAGCCAACUAUUGUGGGUGGUGCAGUUGGGCAGAGCUUGGCCGCCACCGCCAGCCUGUCGAAGAAGCCGCUGAGGCCGUUCACACCACAGCAAUCGGACACGGACACUGAUGGCACGCCAAUCAAGCCCUGGUCCAAGCUGAAGCUGGCCACGCUCAUGUCGUCGAGCUACACGAGCUUAAACAACUGCUCACCGGACGAUCUGGCAACGCCGCUGAAGAACUACUCGCUGAGCAAUAUACCACAGCAAAUGGAGAGCACCACAAAUGCUCGACCACGCCACCACAGUGCCCGCAGCUCCCGCCACAGCCAUGGCCAUGGMCAUGGUCAUGGACACGGGCAUGGGCAUGGGCGUGGCCAUGGCUCCACCUCAAGCACCUGCUCCUCGAGCACGCGCAGCACGCUGACCACGGCGCGCGACUGCCUGCGCCUGCAGAAGCCGGAACAGAAGCUGCCCGAGGGCGAGGCCACGACGGGCGGCCGUAAACUAUAUCAGAGCGUGUUCGACCUGUCGCCGGAAUAUUGUGGACUGCCGUUCGUGAAGCGGCUGAAGAUAUUGAAUGAGCGCCAGAAGCUGGCCGAGCUGGAGAAGGCGCUGCAGACGCGCAGCUUCAGCCUGGACUGCUCGAAAUCGAGCAGCGGCAACAACAACGAGGCGCCCAUUACGGAGUCACUGUACCGCUGCUAUAGCGACACCUCCGGCAUCUACUCUCAGUUUCUGAGCACCUACGAGUCGGCCACCACCACCAGCAGCUCCACGUCCACAUCCAUUUCGACCAACACAUCCACAUCGGACGGCAACUCGAAGCAGCAACUGAAACAGCUGGACUACAUGCCCCUCAGCCCCGAGUCGAACGAGACGGUGGAGCGGCGCAAGCUGAAGAGUAUACUGAAGAAGAUGCAGCAGGGUGCUGCUGCUGACGAUGGUAGUGGCAGUGGUGGUGGUGGUGGUGUCGGUGGUACUGCCGAUGGUGAUGCCCAAGACGAGGCGAAUGCCAAGACCAAGACCAAGGCCAAGGCCAAGGCCAAAACCAGUGCACUGUCGAGGGGGCUGUUAAUGGAGCCGACCUUGGAAGGCCCGCCCUCCAGUGCCACAGAGCAGGGGCACUUCGCGGCAAUCGGCGGUGGUGGUGCUGCUGUUGCUGCGGCUGCUGUUUGCCUCAACAACAACAACAACAACAACAACAGCAGCAGCAAAAGCAACAGCACGCUAUACGGUUCCGGUUCGAGUACGGGUAUAAGUACGGUUACGGGUACGGGCUCGGUUACUGUCAUCGGUUCGGGCAACGGCAAUGACAGUGUGGCAACGUCACGGACAAUGCUGCCAGAUCAGGCCGUCUGGUCGCCGACGUUGGCAUUGGUAACGCCAACGAAUUCGCCGCAAGAGUAUUUCGCCGCAUUUGAGCCGCAGCUGAUGGGCGGCAACGGCGUCAUCGCUGGCGUUGGCAACGGCUCAACGUCAAUCGCAUCCGCUUCCGCUUCCGCUUCGGCAACCGCAACCGCAACCGCAACCGCAUCGGCAUCCGCAUCCGCAUCCGCAUCGUAUGUGGUCGAAUGCUCGUCGAAUACCGAAUUUCAUGCACAAUCCACAACAUCCACAGAUUUGAAUUUGAAUUUGCAGCUCCGGCAGAACACGACCAAUGCGAGCGGCCAGGCGGGUCAGUUGCCCAAACUGGAAGGCUUUCCAGAGGCGCAGGACUACUUCAAUCAGAUACUGAGCGGCAUCAAUCACGUGAUCAAGACGCACAUGAACGAAAUGCACUCGAAGUUCGAGUCGCAGUUCUCGAAUAUGGCCGGCGAGGUGAGACGGCGCGACGCCAUCAUCGCCCAGCUGCAGCUGAAGCUGCGCUCCAUCGAACAGAAACCAGCGAUGCCAUCGACGACGCGCCGCAUCAAGCGGGAGAAGCUGCCCCAGCUAUCCGUCGACGACGACGAGCCGGCCGAGCAGGAUAACAGCAGUUCGGGCUCCUCGGCCGAGUUGCUCUUUAUGCGCGGCGACUCGCUGGACACUGUGUUCACCUCCUCGCCACCCAUCCAGGGCCGGCGCAGCAUAUCGCCCGGCCCCAGCCGGUAUCAUGCGGCCUCGGCGAAUGCGCUCAACUGCCCGAGCAGCUACUACAGCGGGCCGGGCACCUUGGCAACGCGGCACGCGCAGAGCCACCCCAGCUUCUAUGCGCCGCACAGCAGUAGGGGCGGGGCUGCUCUGCCCGGCUAUCGGGACUGGCAUGAGCAGGGCCUGGGGAUGGGCAGCAGCAUGGGCGGCGGCCUGACAGCCGAUAGCAGCAGCAGCAGCAGCAACGCGGCGGCCAUGAUGAUCUCCGAUGUGACGGGCAAUCUGACUCGACUCUCGGACAGCGUCAUUCUGGAUAUUGGCGAGAGCUCCAGUUCGAGUUCAUCGUCCAGCAAAGUGAACGUGGAUGUGGACGACGACGACGAGGACGACGAUGAUGAGGCCGAGGAUGAGCUGAGCGGCGCGGCACUCGUGGCGGCCACAGGCAGCAGCAACAACGACUGGGAGGUGCAAAUGCUGGCCGCCGAAAUGGAGAGGCAGGAGCGCAAGCGCGGGCACUCACUGUCCGACAACCUGGGCGAGCUGCGGCACUGCAGCACGUUUCUGCGCAGACGCCGCAAGUUCAGCGACACCGAGACCGAGUGCAGCGAAACGGACGCCGAUGAGCGUCUAGCAGCCGGCAUCGGAGCCAGCGCAAGUGGCAGCGCCGCUGGCCAGGCGAGUGCAGCUGUAGAGGCGGAUGCCACAGCCAGUGGCAGCAAUCGACCGCGCGCCUCCAGCCUGGAUCAGUUCAACCUGCGCUAUGGCAUCGGGCGUGGCAUCUUUAAAGCAAUGAGCAUCGAUCGGGACAAAGACAAGCUUUGAGAACUAUAAUCACAGGAGGACCACGCCAGCACGGACCGACACGACUAACCAUCGGACAGCAUUACGGAAGGUGCAACAAAUACACGACACUACACUUCAGUACAUUAUAUGAUUAGCCCUAAAACCAUUCACCAGAGCAAGAAACCCACGAAAAGGAGAUGAAAGUAAUGAAAAUGAACACUCCAUACAAAUUAGAAAUUGAGAUAAGAGUAAAGAAGAAGAAGAAGAAGAAGAAGACAAGAAACCAAAUUGAGUAGCCCAUCUACCAGAAAGUCCAGAAACCCAGUUUAACUAUUCAUUUAUUCGCAAUUGUUCAACAUUCUCCAUGUAUACAGUAUACUCCAGUUAUCGUUAUCGCUAUCACCCUUUAUGUUAUCGUUAUCGUGUUCGUUCCUAGCCAUUGCCAUAUUCGACUUACUCAUAUCACUUACGUUGCUGUCAUUCAAGGCUCUUAUUGAUUGUCCAUCAAGAUCGAUAACUUUGUCAUCUUCAUAUUGUAAUUGCCAACUCUGCUGUUAUCGUUAUCGUUAACUAUCGCCAAAGGCAACCAAAGAUUUAGCUAUCAUACUAUAUUCUGUUCUUCCACUUCCCAUGUUAUCGAAAUCGAUAUCAUUAUAUUUUUCAUU